CGACGGUCCUACCUCAGCGUUUCAACUGCUUCAACACUGUUCACCGCAGCGAGCAACGAUGACGAGAGCGCAGGAUAGUUUCACUUUUACGGUUGGAAAGCUCGAUGCGGGCAUGGCUAUCCUCCUAGGCGACCGAGCUCACCUCAUAGAGUUUCCAUCGAUACUGCUUCCUCCUGGAGCGACGACUGGUUCCAUAGUCAGCAUCGCGGUCCACCAGAAUGUUGCUCAGGAGCGGAAGCGAGACCAUGAGUUCUGGUCGCUUCAAGAAGAUAUCCUAGAGACGUUUGGAAGUCACUCGCCCGAGAAUCCACAGCUCGAGGUCCGCAACGUCACCCAAACCUCUGUCACGCUCGAAUGGCCGCCCAUCAAACUUGCCACUGCGAAACUACGGUCGCUUGAUAUAUACAAGAACGGCCAGCGCCUUGCCUCAAUCCCUAGUGCACUCACCAACUACUCCACGAAGCUUUCUGGGCUCUCCGUAGAUACCCAAUACAGUUUCCAGCUCCUCCUCCGUACUUCCGCAGGAACCUAUCCCUCCAACCUCAUACGCGUGCGCACGCACACAAUUGCGGAUACAAGCGGAAUCUCAGUAUGCUUCGCCAAUGUCACAGACAGCGUGUUGCUUGAAAAUGCAAAACUCGCCCUAAAGGAAAUGCGUGCAAAGUGGAGCGACAAAAUUCAAAUUGACACAACGCAUUUUGUGUGCACUACCCCUGCGAUCACGCCCACGGGUGCGCAACCAGCCGGUGGUGUCGCAGCGGCGCCAGGCGCAGAAUAUCAACGUGCCUUGCAGUUAAGCAUCCCCGUGGUUCAACCGCAGUGGAUUUUAGCGUGCCACAGCGAAAAGAAAAUGGUGCCAAUCUCGGGUUACUAUCUUGGCGUCACCCCACCCACGUCUUCUAGCUACUCUCAGCGUCCCCAAUCAAUGUCACAGGCUUCUCUCCCCAGCUCCAGCACAGCUCACAAAAACUCAGCAUCGCGUCAAAGCCUCCCAGCAAUACGCCGCCCAACUCCACCGUCCGCAACCCCACAACGACCCAUUAACGAGGAGGAGGACGAAGAGGAACAAUCCCCCCCACCGAAGCCGUCACUUUCUGAAAUGAAACACAAGAGCAGCGGUACGAUGGAUAGGAAUUUCAAGUUCCCGACGUCACCAACCCAGGCACAAGCUCCGGUAGUACCACCCGUCCCCUCUAUCCCUACGCAACCACCUGCUCCCAAGCCCGAGUCUGAGGCAGGGUCAAACCGUGCAAAUGAUGACGGUAUGACGCCCGUGGCGGUAGUCGCGCCGUCUAGCGUGGAAGUCCCUCCCCCUCCUCCAGUGGAGAAAGAGACCCGGAAAAGUCUCGUGGAAUCUGAGGAAGGUGAGGAGGAAGUUGGCGAGACGGUAGAAAUCGAUUUGCGGUGAGAACUGCUGGCUGCUCGUCGUCUACUUACUUUGUCGUGUAGCCUUUGGUGUUAUGAGCUAGUGAUUUGGCUGCGCUGUGUGCGAAAAUGCUUGACAUUCAACAUAUAAAUAUCAUCAAUCUUUCAUCCUACACGUGAUGCCAUACAUUGACACUCGG